AUGGAAGAGUCCAAGGAGGAUACCCUAUCUGAAACACCGCUCCUUCUCGUGGAACCUCCGAACUCAGAAGUGAAAGUAGCGGAUGCGAGUGAUUCAGUUCAUGACUCAGGAGGACGAUCAACUGAUUCAGGAUCAUUUAGGAGAUGGUUUGAAGAGUUCUGGCUGAAGAGGAGUCUUCCAUCUCCAGCCCAGAAACACGUUGACGGUUGGCCCGAGAUCCUGUUGACCAAGUGCUCCAACGACGACUGGUCACCUCACUGUGGCCUUCAAGAUCAGCAGUGGGAACAGUUAUCAGCCCAUUCGUCACAUCUGGGGAUUGUCAAAACAGCGAGCUUCACUGACCAAAGCGUAGGGAGAUCAAGGGCUGCAACACAGAGCACCUUCAACCCGAGCAUACAUUCGGGCGGUCGUGGUUCAAUCGAGAGCUUGAGGCCUACUGUCAGCCCUUCCAUAUCUCAUGCAGUGUUACUUCACUCUCUUGAGAGGCGUCAAAUACUUCGGGAGAUCAUCACUACUGAAACUGACUACGUGUUCGGGUUGAAGGCCCUUGCUGAUGUAUGCCCGAAAGCAGUAUCUCGUGCAAUUGAUCUUGAAACUGACCUUUUCCCGUCAAUCGACCAGGUACUCCUCAUUUGUUCCGUCAGACCCCGGAUAUAUCGCAACGUCCAACAGAUUCGAGAACUACACCAGACCUUCUUGGCAAGGGCUCGUGCCGUGAGCCCCAAGUCCGUUUCGGCUGCAUCCGAGGUCGAUAAGCUGUUCCCUCAGGGCGUUGCUAAAGGCUUGAGGGCGAUUGACUUGAAACGCCUUAAUAGCUUUCAAAGCAGAUCCUUGAGGAAGCAGAGCCUGAAGACAUCGAUAAUUGCCCACCUCAACUCAUUGGCUGCGCAAGGUUCGGAAGCCUAUGACAUUGCGCACGAGAUUGCUGCAUUGUCAAAGUCCUUCAAGCUCUAUGAAGACUUCUGUAGCAAUUUUGAACUACUCUUGCAAGACGUGAGCCUUCUGCGCGGGUCAAUACCGAAUUGGGAAACCUUCGAAGGAGGCAUAGAAUCUCUUUCAAAGUCUGUGACGUCCUUAGAGAACAAGCUCGUGACAGAUAAUAGAUCAAUGUCUUUGAGUGAUCUUGUCGUCAAGCCAGUUCAGCGACUUUGUAAGUAUGAGCUGUUCUUGAGGGAACUACUAAAGUGCACGCCGAUCCAAGAUGACCCGUUAUCGCAUGAUAAAAUCAAGGAAGUACUGGAUGGCCUUCGCCCAACAAUCGAGCGAGUCAAUCAAGCCAAUGAAACUCUCAAGCAAAGGGAACUCAUUGCAAAAACCCUCUUGCUGAGAGAAAAGCUCGAACUGCCAGAGCCGGACAUUGUUCACGAUAUCUACCUACAAUUGGGGCCCAUCAAACUAUGUGGCGUUCUUCAUGCGACCUACCAGUUACCGGCAGAUAUUGUGGGUGAAUACGUCGUCUGCGCUCUGUUUGAGAGCUAUCUUGUUCUGGCUGCUUCAAGAGACGGCUGUUCAAGACUCCGGGCUGUGGCGUGCUUGUACGUCCGUGAUCUAAAGAUCGACACCUUGAGAAACGGGCGAGGGCUAUGUUGCUACGGAUGCUUAUUCUCGUGGAAGCUGAUAUUUGAACAUCAAAAUAAUCAGUACGAGCUGGUCUUGAGCGCGUCAUCGGCGAUUGAAGAGAAGCAAUGGAAAACCGAGAUACUUAGGGCGGCGGCGGCGUUGACCGAAGUUUCGACAGCAGGGCAAUCGGAAUCAAGUCUAUACUCCUUUGAGGUGCUAGGUCUACUCCCACUCGAAUGCUCGACGGGUUUAACACCUCUCUUGUCCCGAAAAUCUUCCAUCCACUCAUUGGCCACUUCUGCGAGUAAGGCGAAUUUGCAGCAUAUUGUGAUCAGAAAAACGCAUAAGCCUGGAGAGGCAUCGCCUGAGGCGGAUGGAGAAAUCGAACGCCCAAAGAUUCCCCCUUGGGCCUCAGCGCUGGUCUUGACAACAAGAAGACAAGAUAGAGUUGAUCUGGAACGAUUCAUCUUCAACAUAUAUACAAAGAGCUCACUGCCUUAUCCUGGAAUGCCUCCGGCCAAAGGCAAGGACUUGCUCAAGCCUAGUAAGCUCAUGGUAGCUAUCCGGGAAGGGGUGUACAGACGUUCUAGCUCCGGAGGCCUUCCAACCGCUAGGCGUCCCGCCAUAGUACUUGCUCCUGCAAAAACCAGCAAAAAUGAGCAAAUCGGCCGGGGUGAGAAGGGUAGAACUGAUGAAUUGCCUGUUAUCGAGGACAAGAAGAAAGCUGUCUCCCCUAUGAGUCGCAUGGGAACGGUUCGACGAGCUCUAACUGUCAGGUUUCAGGCCAGACACAAGUCUGCUUCUCAUGCUGAUCUGCCUUUGCAGUGUAAGGAGCAAUCAGACCAACCUUUUCCCAAGGUGUCAGUACGAGAUAUCUUCAACUCUGUAUCUCGGAGGAGCUCAAAGAGAGGUUUGCAUUUAGCUUUGAGCAUGGAUGGUGGAGCACAAUGA